UUUGCGUUAGUAUCUGUGCGGACGGGAGAGUUGGAGGCAGUUGUUUUGUGGGACUCGCGGGGAAUGGCAAACUCCACGGUAUCCUUGGAAACAUCCGACUAAAUGACAAUGGCCGAGGCUAUCUGCUGCACUUUGGUGAACUGUAACUGUGACAGCUUCAAGCCUGGGAAGCUGAAGAGGAGGCAGUGUGAAAACUGCAAGCAUGGCUGGGUAGCACACGCACUGAGCAAACUGAAGGUCCACCACAUGUACCAGAGCAGCCAGGUGGAGAUUGUGCACUCCAACGUGGUGUUCGAUAUCUGCAGCCUGAUGCUGUAUGGCACCCAGGCCAUCCCCAUCCGCCUCAAGAUCCUCCUGGACCGCCUUUUCUCUGUACUCAAGCAAGAGGAGGUCAUCCAGAUCCUCAACGCACUUGACUGGACUCUGCAGGACUACAUACGUGGAUACGUCCUCCAGGAUGUAGCGGGGAAGGUGCUGGACCGCUGGGCCAUCAUGACGUUCGAGGAGGAGAUCGCCACACUGCAGCAGUUCCUGCGUUUUGGCGAGACCAAGUCCAUAGUGGAGCUGAUGGCUCUGCAGGACAAGGAGGGCCAGGCAGUGUUGGUUCCCAGCACCCGCACCAACUCUGACAUCCGCACUUUCAUUGAGCGCAACACCCCACGCACUGCCACCAACCUCUCAACAUCCAAAGUCGAUAAGCUGAGCAGCAGUAGCAUGCACCACUUUGAGAACUUUGUCAACAGCAUGGCCUUCAUGCUGCCCUUCCAGCUGUUAGGCUCGGUUCCUGCACCGUUUCUGGGCUCACCCACAGGGGCACCGCAGCACCAGCAACACCAGCAGCACCAGCAGCCAUGCCGUGGGUCAAUGGAGCAGCAGAGUCAGAGACGCGACGAUCAAAGUCGCGAUGGUCUAGGGAGGGACAACCCCGUCCCGCUUUCACACCCUCCUGAGAGCGGCCUGCUAGGUUCCAGCUCUGUUUCGUUUAAUGAUGAUCUAGACAGAAUUGGAGACAGGCCAAUGGACAGCCUCUCCACAACAACAAAGAUUGAGGCAGAGGACUUCUCCACUAGUGACAACUACUCGGAUGGACCCUCCACUCCGUGCACACCCUCCAUGAGCUCUGACAUAACACAGAUGUCACCUGAGGGCAAGCUGCGCUCCCUGGACAGGAAUGGGAGCAGCAGUGGAGGGGGAGGAUGCUCUCUGAAGAAAGGUCGAGUGUAUUGCAACGCCUGUGAGAAGACAUUUUACGACAAAGGCACACUGAAAAUCCACUACAAUGCAGUGCAUCUGAAGAUUAAGCACAAGUGUACCAUCGAUGGCUGCAACAUGGUCUUCAGCUCGCUGCGCAGUCGUAAUCGCCAUAGUGCCAACCCAAACCCACGGCUACACAUGCCUAUGAACCGUAACAACCGGGACAAAGACAUCCGGGGCAGCUCGUCUGGUGAUGAGGGCUCUCCAGGAGAGAAGAGGCCUGAAUAUGGAACCCCCAUCCCCAUCUGCUCUGCAGAAAGCCAUAAGUCAGUGCCCAGCUACAUGGUGAGCCAUGUGGACAAUGGUUCUAAACUCCACAGCAGUUCAUUCCCCAGCAUGGGCCAGAGUGGCAUCCUCUUCCCUAACCUAAAAACAGUACAGCCAGUCUUGCCUUUCUACCGCAGCCUGGUAACCCCGGCAGAGCUUGCCAACACCCCAGGAACACUACCCUCCCUUCCUCUGUUAUCCUCUUCUGUACCCAUCAAACCAAUCACGGCCCCUGAACCCUACAUGUCAGACCCCAUACCAAAGAAAAAGUCUCGGAAGUCAAGCAUGCCAAUAAAGAUAGAGAAGGAGGUGGUGGAGCGGGAUGAGCAGAUGGAUAAGGGGAGCAGCUCUGAGGACGAGGCUCCUUUUCAGGGCAGGGACAAGGAAGAGUGUGACGGAAUCCGAGCAGAAGGGCAUAUGUGCGCGGUACAAGCUGGUGAGGAGCGGGAGGCGAGGGGAGCUUACACUGGUGAAGAGAAGGACAGGGAGGGCGCCAAGCAUCUGUUGGACCACACUUUAGAUAGAGAAAUGACAGCGAGGGAGGACAAAGACGAUGGGCCAAGGCAAGCUGAAGCAGGGGUCAUCACCUCUGCAUCUUCCCCGUUCGAAGACCGACUGAUGGAGAAUCACUGUGACAACAACUCAGUCUGUCAGGAACCCAAUGGCAAUGAAGAAAGGGAGGACAGGGAACAUGCAAACUCACAGCACGAAGCUGACAAGAUUGCAGAGCUCAGCUGGGAUGAAGGUGAGCACAAGCUGACUAACGGGGGCGCUCUCCAGCUCAUAGACCGUGAGAGGGAGGGAUCGGUCGACUGUGUAGAUGACUACGGCGACUUGUCUCACUUCGACCCCAACGCUGACCUGCCACACCACUGUGAGAUCUGCAGUAAGACCUUUAAGAAUCCCUACUGCGUCAAAAUGCACUACCAAAAUGUCCACCUGAAGGAGAUGCACAUGUGCACAGUGGACGGCUGCAAUGCUGCCUUCCCCUCCCGCAGGAGCCGAGACAGACACAGUGCAAACUUGAACCUGCACCACAAGCUGCUGACCAAAGACUCAUUCAGCCCAGCCAACACCCUGUACUUGCCCUCAUCCCACUGUAGAGACAGAGACCCUGUUGCCCUGGACUACUACCAGGACCAACGGGACAGAGAUCUACCCCAUCGAGACCCAACCAGCCAGACUUCCGUCAUCUUCCGAGGACAUAAUCGCAUGGGCCUGGUCUUCCCAAUGAGCAAAGUGUCUCCUGCACCAAACAGUGCUGAGGCAUCUCCUUUAGCAGACAUGGAGGGAUUAGGAGGAGGAGGAGGAGGAGGAGGAGGAGAAGGUGGGGGAAGUGGGGAGGAUGGGGCAGUCCUGGACCUGAGCACCUCUUCCUCCGCCCCGCCUCGUGGCGGCGGCAGUGUUCGAUCUUCCUGGGACUCAGAUGGUGUUGGUAGCGAGGAAGGGGUUGAAGAGGAUGAGGAGGUGCUCCACAUGGAGGACAGUGAUGAAAGCUGCGAUGGGAUCGGCAUGGGGAGGCCUGGGGGCGAGGAGUUGGCGCUCGUGGGAGAGAGGACCCUGGGCUGCAUUGGGGGAGGACAAGGCGGGCUUCAGGGAGGUGGGGGUGGGUCUCCGAUAACCUGCCACGUCUGCCAAAAGGUCUACAGCAACAAGGGCACAUUCAGAGCCCAUUACAAGACUGUCCAUCUGAGACUGCUUCACAAGUGUAAAGUCCCUGGCUGCGAUACAUCCUUCUCUUCUGUGCGAAGCAGAAACAGGCACAGCCAAAACCCAAACCUUCAUAGGAACCUAGCUGUUAGCUCAGGGGCCACGAUGGACCAGGAGUAGGGAUUUGCGCUAAUAUGCCAACAUGACUGAUUUCCUUGGUUCUAAUUGUCUUUUUGUUGUUGUUGAUGUUUUUGGGCACCUAAAGAAGGCUCACCAAUUAGCACUUUUUUAAAUUACAUACCGUGUAUAUCCUGUUGUGAUAUUUUGGUGAGAGGAGAGAAAAAAAUAAAAGGAGUUCAUUUUCUGUGGCAAAUACAACUUUACUGUGUAACUAAUAUGUUUCCACAUCAACAUUUAAAAAUAUCCGGAACAAAUCAUUUGACAGUAAAUUCAUUUUUCAACAUUAAGAAAUGUGACCUCUAUGAGUCUCAUGAGUCCAUUGCAUUGGCUUGCCUUACAGCCCACUUUAGAAUUUAAAAAGAUUUCUUUGUAUGAACAGAAUUUGUCCGCGUGUCGUCCAAGUGAGAGUUGAGCCAUGAAACUGUAUCAUAAGAGUUCUUUUUUUUCUCGUGUUUUUGUUGUCAGAUGUCCACAUCUUCCCUGUGAAGCUGUGCAUAAUGUAUUGAUCAAAAGCAGUAGUGAAGUAACCUCUACAUGUGUCCUUUUGUUCAUUUGGACAGUGUUUUAAAAAAAUAAUAGUCUUUGUUGAAAAGCUAUAGUGUUGUGAGCUUGACCAAUAAGUUAUUGUAUGGUGUUAUAUAUGAUCUGUCUUUACUGUUCUGGUUGUUGCAUACUGCUAAUGUUGACCAAAGAUUUUUUCAGUCCACAGGUGUGUAUAGAAACCCCUUCAUAAUGUGUGAGGGGUAUGCAGUAUUAAAUGGGGCCACCCAGUCUUCUCUCAUCUUCUUUGUGAUUAACAGCAGUAUUCAGGGGUAGGCUCUGUUGUAAAAUAAAAUAAAAUUCACCAAAAUGAGAAAAGAACAGCUUUUGAUUGAUCACCGUAUAAAGAAAUAUCUUGAUUUUGAUGGUGUUUUUAUAAAAAAAAAAAAACGGGGGGGACGAGACUUAAUUAAGGCAUUGCUCUUGUAUCGUUUGUGCGGUUGCUUGCAGUAUCCUGACUGACUGGACGAAAAGCGGGAAGAUAUGCUGUGUCUGGAGGCUAGAAGCAUGUACUGUGAAUGAGUCAAACACUGAGAAAUAAUAAUAAUAAUAAUAAAAAAUUAUAAUAAUGGCCCCACAUGUGAGCACACCCCAAAAAAUAUCUGGUAAACAAAAUGUUUAUUGAACUGUAUAUUCUGUGAAUAGAGUAAUUUGUUAUCUGAAAGAAACCAAAAAAUAUACUGUAUAAAAAAAGGCUAAUUUCACCUCUAACAUUACAUGUUUUCAUUUAUUUUAUUUUUUUCAAAAAUGAAUGAACGAGUACAGUUGACCUCUUGCAAGAACCACUCGUACGAGCAGAUUCGUUCUCAAGUGGCUUGUACAAAUGAUUUAGGAGAACUUGCAGCAUUCACCAUUUUUUUCGUAUUUCAAAUUUCUCUUAUGUAAGAACACAAUUUAUGAGUGCCCUGUGGCAGGGGUCAUGAGUAUUUGUCUGCUUUUAUCCAAGCUUCCAACCAAGUUUUCACAAAUGGAUUCGCAUAUUUAAUAACUUCAAAGUAAUUUUGAGUGUGAAAACACACCUAAAAUUAUACUUUAUAAUUAUGUUGACAUUACCCUUUUCCUGUUUCCUGCACUUCAAAUUAUAGGCUAAUAUAAUUCUAAUAUCACUUUUCAUUUAAAUUGGCUGUUGAUGCUAUUGUAUAACACUACAAUAUCAAGAUCUCAAACUGCAAAACGACCUAAAAUAUUUAAACCCCUCCCCUUGCAGUCAUGGAUCACCUUGGAGUUGCGAGACGUUUUUCAUGUGGAACCAUUUCUUCUUUAUUUCAGUGACAGUACGACCCUCAGUUGAAAAGGCAUUAACAGCACUUGUCUUUUUUUGCCCGUUCCUUGGCUCUAGCAGGUCCUUUAAUUCCACUACUGACGCUGAGAGAGAAUUAUGGACCUUCCUUUAUGGAUCUCUCAAAGCAGGACUUCAAUAUAGUUUAUAUGGGGUAGGAUGCGUAGCCUUAUAUGGCAGUAUUGGGGCAUUAAUUAUGCUGAUACACAAUUCUCAUUAAGGCGGGCUCAUUUACGCACAGAUAGCAUUCGUCAUGUUUACGCUGGUCAUUUACACAGUUAUCUGAAGGUAGGAGCAUUUGCUGAAUCAUGGCACACUAAUACCAGUACAAGUAAGAGAUAGUUAAGAUAAGAAUAUGAAAAUGUUCUUGCAUGAGGUCCGUUAAGUUGUACAUGUCUGAUUAUUUCACCAUGGUGUAUUGUUCUGGUUUUGCUCUGCAUUCUGCAUAUUUUUUGUUAUUUUUUACAUUCUGUAUUUAAAUGCAAUGCGGCAGAUUUAAAAUCCCAUUCGUUUGUUGUUUGGAUUUGUUAAAAAAAACGGAGUAAAGCCGACAUAUGUUGAUAGGUGUUCAUAUUUCCUUUGAUUUAAUGUUACAAUAUUCAUUCCAAUUA